AUGAAAGGUGUGCGGGGCUCCCGUGGAGAGAGUGGUAUCGCAGGUCCUGAUGGCCCGAUUGGCCCUCAAGGUCCAAAAGGUGAGACCGGAGCUCAGGGCGAUACUGGCUUCCAGGGCAGACGAGGACCUGUGGGCCCCAUUGGUCUUCAGGGUCCUAGAGGCCGCGCUGGUCGCGAUGGCGAUCGAGGUGAUGCUGGACCCGCUGGUGCCAAGGGUCCCGACGGAAUGCCCGGUGAUUCUGGUCCGAUGGGCAUGAAAGGUUACAAGGGCGCAAGGGGCACCAUGGGCCCUAAGGGCGAGCCAGGUGGCCCCGGACAG